CUUAAACCAUGAUGACAAAAUAUAACGUCGUUUCAAGGAUUAUUCCAAACAUCGUGAGGAAUCAUCCACUUAGAUGGACAUCAGUGGUCAGUAGUGGCACCACAGAUGAGGUGAAACCAUUUGAGGAUAUCCCAGGUCCUAAAGGACUUUACAACAUUCCAUUCAUCGGGUCCUUCUUUCACUUCAAGCCUUUUGGUAAAUUUACACCCCAGAAAACGCAUAAGCUGUUUGAGAGUUUACACGAAAAGUAUGGGCCAGUGGUUCGAGUCCAACUUGGAAGAGAAUGGGUCAUGUUGGAGGAUGUUAAAGACAUGGAAAAUGUCUUCAGAAACGAGGGCAGAUAUCCAAUAAGGGAAGUCAGUGAUAUUACCAAACUGAUUUAUCAGAGGCAUGGAUUCAAGUUGACGCUUAGCCACUUGCAAGGAGAAGAAUGGCAUGCACUGAGGACCCCAGUCAACAAAAGACUUAUGAAGGCUGACUCCGCCUAUCAUUACCUGGAGCCGCAGAACGCUGUAGCCGAUGAAUUCGUUCAAAUGUUGGCCACACAAAAAUUAGCACCGGAGAAAAUGAAAGAUCUGUUCCUUCGCUACGCUGCUGAAAGUAUAGGAGUGGUGACGUUCAAUACCAGACUGGGUUUCCUGGAGCACUCCCCAGACCAAGAAACGUCUGAGUUUCUGGAAGCGACAAAACAAUACUUCGCUAUAACAGGUGCAAUUAUAAGUGGCACAACCUUUUCCUAUAGAUGGUACAGGAGCAGGAUUUAUAGGGAUAUGGAGAAGGCGAUUUUUGCGAUUCGGAAGUAA